AUGGCAGGAUUUAUCCAGAACAUCCUCUGGAACUCAGUCGAAGGCUUCGUCGAUGCCGCAAAGAAGACAGGCGGUGCAUACGCAGGCGAUGCCCUGAUCAAAGCAGGCGACAUGAUCGAAGGCGGAGGACGGAGUGUUGGAGGAGGCAUCGAAAGAGCAGCCACGGGUUACGGCUCCAAGCUCUCAGGGCAAACCUACCAGCCCUCCUCAGCAUCGAAGGCUCUACCCUCCACGGCGCGCAAACCAGCUGUCAAGCGCAGCAACUCGAUGCCUGCGAAUACCAAGCCGUCGGGUUCUGUUGCAGGCGGGCGAUCGAUCGCUGGGCCGACAAGUAACGUACCGCUUGGCGCGAAGAAGACAGUGGGUGGUGCGAAGAAAGCGGUUGGUGGCGGAGCUUCCAAGCCCGUAGGCGGCCUUGUUGGAGGCGCAACACGCAGCGUCGGUGGCCUCGCAGGCGGUGCAACAAAAUCCGUCGGAGGUCUCGCAGGCGGAGCCACCAAGGCAACAGGAGGCGUCGUCAACAACGCAACCAAAGGCGUUGGCGGGAUUGUAUCCGGCGCCUCAAAACCCAUCCACCACAUCGGCUCGAACGCGCAAAAAGCCGUUCCCCAGGGCCUGCCCAAGCCAUACAACAGCACCACCGCAGGCUCGAGCUACACAAACCCGUAUCCCACGGCUAAGCAAGCGCCCGUCAAGCCUGGCAUGAGCAAGCCCUUCACACCGCCCCAGGAGAAUAAGAGUGAGCCUAAGCCGUACCCGGGGACGAAUACGCUGCCGGGGCAGGGGGGUAAGACGCCCGUUAAGAGGACUUAUAAGCCUGCGCCGACGUUGGGGAGCCAGGUUGCGCCGGGGCAGAAGAUGACGCAUAUUGGAGCGUUUUGA